AAACCGCACCAUGUCACAUGACACCAUGCAGAACGCCUUGAAUGUCAAAUUUGAGCGAGCAUGCACCAAGGGUGACCUGCAAGAAGUCCAGCGGGCCCUUGCCAGCGGGCAGCUCUCUGCCGAUCAACUUGACACUGGGCUGCAACUCGCUACCCUUCACGCUCAUCCACACAUCGUGGCCGCACUCUUCGAUGCCGGCGUGCCCAUGACACCUGGCGCGGUAGGGUCACUCUGCGGGAAGGACGGAGGCCAGCAGGAUCCGCGGGUCAUUCGACUCUUCUUCGAUCGUGGCCUGAACCCUCGGAAAUGCACCACAUCCAGAGGCGAGCCUCUGCUACGCUUUUUCGGUUCCGACUGCGCGCGCGAAUUCCUCGAGCGAGGCGUGGAUCCCAACCGCUGCGGGCCGAGGAAAGUCAGCCCCCUGGUGAGCGCUCUCGGUAAAGUCCGCAAGGACGGCGGCGCCGUGUUUGAUCUGCUUGUGGAGUAUGGCGCGACGGUGGACGCCGGGCUCUUCUUCAAUGUGCUGGUUUGGGGCACGGAUUCGGCGAUCAAGACGCGAUUCCUGCUGUCCAGGGGUCUCGAUCCGAAUGCCACGACCUCCGCGGAAAUGGGGCACGCCUUUACAUGCGGCGGUCCUCUUCGGGCUCGAGCAGGCCAUCAAGAUUCUGCUGGCUGCGGGCGCGGAUCCGACGGCUCGAUCGGAAUGCGCGAGUUUCGGGGAUCGAAGCCCCACGGAGCUUGCCGAUUCGCGGUUACAGAGAUGUUCGGAGAGUUCUGGCAUGAGAAGCAUAUGUCAGCGGAUACUCAAGCUCCUUACCGAUGCACAAGGCGGUCAUCCUCCUUCAGCGACGGAACGGGCGAUCCACAAGCAGCACACUACCGUCACCAAAAGGUCGCAGAUUUCUGAAGAUGCCGAAGCGGGUUUGAUGGCUUACAGAGCACGGGUGGUGAGAGCCCCGGCUAGAAAAACCAAAAAAUGCCCCGAAGAAAGAUCAGAAAGACCCCUCGAAUGAUGGUAGUGUUAGCAGCCGAACACGGAGUCGAGCCAAGGCAACUUCCUGAUUAGAACAUGAGCUUGUUCAGUCUCGUGAGCAAUGAAC